AUGAUCCAACCAUUAAGAUUUCCAGCAUCUGACAGUCACUCUAGACAAAUCUCUUUCAGGCCAGUGGCAGGGGCGCUGACGUCAAACGAAGCCAGCCCGCAAUCUGAUUGGCUGGGCCCGGAGUUUAGGGGCGGGAGUGACGGGGUUCAGAAAUGUCGCAGCAUUUCUCCAGCACGGAAAGGGGCUCAUCGUGUCCAUACCAUUUAUCCAGGCACCCAACUACACCAUAGACCCGUGACUCCGACUUCGCUGACGAAAACCAAAGACGAUACUUGGAAAUCAGAUGAGCUGCUCAAGCAUAUCAAGGCCGUCCAAGGAGAUUAUACAGAUGACAAUAGUAAAAAGAGUAGAGAAAAGAAAAGACUUAAGGAUGAAGAAUCUACUGGGAGCUCUGACUCUAGGGAGCGUAGACAUAGGGGAAGGGAACGAGAUAAGGAGAGGGAGCAGGAUAAAGACAGACUGAGGAACAAAGGCAAGGAAAGGGAUGGAGAUCAAUAUAGAGAAAGAGAGUAUGAAAAAGUACGGAAAAAAAUAAAGAAUGAUGAAAAGUAUAAAGAAAGAGAAAAGAAACAAGAAAAGGAAAGAGAUAGACAUAAAGAUAGGAAUAGAGAUAAAGAGAAGAUUCCAGUAUGGGAUCAAGACCUAGAAUAUGGUGCAGAUACAAGAGGUCAUGACAAAGAGAAACAAUGGGAUCUUUACACAGAGAGAUCAACAAAACAAGAACAUGAAUCUGAGAGACACCGAGAUAAGGAAAGAGACAGGAGAAAAGAAAGAGAGAAACUCCAGGAAAAAGAGAUACAAAAAGAUGAAAUUGGUGACCAGCGACCUAAACAUCGGCAGAAAAGAGAUAAAGAAAAUUUGGAAUUUGAAAUGGAUGACAAAUAUGAACGAAAAGAAAGAAAACAUCGAGAGCGAAAAGAAAAGGAAGGGAGAACCACUGAAAAUUUUGAAGACAGCAAAGAGAAGAAAAGAAGGUCUUCUGAAUUUCGAGAUGAAGAUUAUGAUCGGCGAUACAAGGAACACAAGGAAUAUGGACCUCAUGAUGGACAUCGUGAAAAGCGACAUAAAGAAAGAAAAGAGCCUGCUCAAAAACCAGCGGUUGAAGAAAUGGACAGGAAACAUAGAGUGAGAAAAGAAAAAGAAUAUAAGGAAGAUGGGAAAAAACAACGGAAUAAAGAUAUGAAAAAUUCUACCCUAGAGUUUAGGGACAGAGAGCGAGAACACAAAGACAGAGACAAAAGAGAUUGGGAAAGAAAGGAAGAUCGAGAGCGAAAACAUAAACAUAAAGUGAAGAAAGAAAAGGAAGAAAAAGAAGGACAAGAGGACUGUAAAGGGGAUUACAAUGAGGAACCAAAUGGCAAAAGAAAAAAAGAACGGAAAUCUGUGCAAGAAACCGUAAAUGAUGGCCGAAUGAAAGGGGAAAGGGAAUUGGAGAAGCAGGUAUUUGUUACUGCCACUCAGAGUGAGGUAUCAAAUCCAGAUGAUUCGGUUUUUGAUGUGUCUCAGAAUAAAAAUUGA